AUGGGCCGAAGCACUGGCCAAGGACUCGCGAGGCAAGCGACGCCACGACUCACAAGGGCCGCGGGCACUUCCAAUGAACAGAUGCUAUACGUCCUGCAUUGCACGCGCGAAGAGCUCGUCCACCUCAAAGCGGUCGUGAAGGAUCACAUGCAAAAACCGCUCUACGACGGCGUGAUACUCCUCGGCCAAGCUACACACAACUUCGAAGAUGACAAGAAGCAGCGGAUCCGCGACGCGCUCUGGGAGUCUGUGAUCGACCACGACGUCGCUUGCAGUGAGAUGCUGAGCGGAUCUCGCUGGGCCGAAGGCACGCAGCCGCCAGAGCUGCACAAGCAUCUACGAACCGUCCUGCUGAAGAUUGUCAGCUUACACCAGGCUGCUCUUGCGCUGAAGAAGAAAGCGGGCACAGCGCGAAUGAAGGCUAAGAAGCCGGGACAUGUAACUGGACUUUCUCAUCAACCUGCAGAGGGCCGUCGACAAAGAAGGCCAAUGGGUCCGCGAGUCGUGGAGGUGGACUCAGACGGAGAAGAGAUGAUCGUUGUGAGGGAGCCGAGAGAUUUGCGAGUAAGGAGUUUGCCCGCUGGAGAUGGAAGCGCUCAUACAAGAGCAUCACCUGCAAUCACCACAUCUAUCCCAGCAUCAGGUCCCGAGGCCGCCAACCCUGCUCAAAUCAUUUCCGGUCCUGCCACUGCUCCGGAUCCGGUGCCGCCCAUCGCCCCAGCACAGCCGGCUUCCGGUCCAAAUUUCAACGAGCAGGUUAUGACUAUGAUGAUCCAGAACCAAAGCAUGAUGCUGCAAAUGAUGGCGGAGAUCAAAGACCUCAAGAAAGGUGGUCAGUAA